AUGUCGAACGAAGCCCCUCCUCCUUUGAGCGCUGUGUUCGAGAAGGCAGCCCCGCCCUACACCGAAGCGGCGAUGCGCUUGCUCUUUUGUACCACCAUUGUGGCCGGAGAGAAUCGCUACCGCAUUCGCGAGUUGGAGAUUUAUUCCAGCGAUGAUCCUUACACUCACCAAGGCGACGAACAAGUUUCGACCUGUGGUGGAUGGUACUUUCACCGUACCAAGCCUGGUGGCGGCUGGAAGGGAGGUACCUUUAUGGGUUUGGAUAUUAGCUUUGCUCCCGUGGGCACUGCCGGUGGUAUCUUGAUACGAGGCCUUUCUCGUUCCCACGAGGACGGAAAAGCUGGUGGUGAAUUCUUUGAUGGAUCCUGCAAUUGCACCAGGGAACUCUUGAAAGCAUGUGGUGUUUCUAAAAUCAAGGAUUUGGUGGAUAAACCCAACUUUCAACUCUCGGCCUUGACCAAGGAUGGGAUCAUGCGGUUGGAGGAGCAUGAACCACGUCCACUGGACAAGAAGCAGAAAUCAGCCAUGGAAUGGAAAGCUUCCAGUAGGGUUGGAUUGAGCGCACCCGAAAAGAAAAAGGAUCAGCUGGAGGGGCGUAAGAAGUUCCAUCUCAUUCCAUACAGGUUUCUCUCGGCUCCCUACGAGACCAAGAAGGAGAAAACCAAAAUCAAAGCAUCCAAAACCGGUGGAGUGUUCACCAUGAAAGGCUAUGAGGCCACGGCAACAACAAUCAACACCACCACCAAGGAAGAAGACGAAGAAGAUCCCCAAAAGCCCAAGGCCAAGAAGGCCAAGACGAGCAAAAAAGAAGAUAAGAGCAAGAAAGAGGAAACGAGCAAGAAAAAGGAAACGAGCAAGGAAGAAGAUGACAGUGAUGACGAAUCUAUUGCUAAAAACGUCAAGCAAAAAAUUCAAAAGAAGAAGAAGAAGGCGAUCGUUGAGGACAGCGACGAGGACGAUGACGACGACGACGAGCCCAUGGAUGAAGCCGGCAGCGGCGCUGUGUGGCACUAUUGGCUCGAUGAGGCAAUGGACGGAAAGCAGGUGGGUUGGCAUCUUUACGACAAAAAAGCCUCUGAGAAACUGGAAGGCUUCCUCAACAACAAGGGGCAGCAGCUCUCUCGCACCUCGUGGCAUUUGAAAUCCGGCCACUUUGGCUAUGAAAUCAACAUCGCCAAGGGCACUCAGCGGAAUAUGAAAUCAGGCACCGUGCGGCCGAUUAGGCGAGUGCUUCCAGGCGAAGUCUUUUCCAUGACAGCGCCGCCAGUCUAUUUACCUCCAAAGAACCCAGGCACACCGCUGCCGACAAUCCCCACUGAGAACAAGAAGCAUGACGCGACGUGGUCCCCGUCCAACGAAAGCAGCAAGAAAAAGAUCAAGACCGAAUCCAACACAACAACCGACGGUGGAAGCGGUCUCAAACUAGAACCGCUGUUCGCAGGUCAGCAUGGAUACGCAUGGGAAGGGAUGCUGACGGAAGUGCUUGAAUCGCUUCCACAGGCCGCCGACUUUAUCGGUCCCAAGAGGAGCAAGGACAUUCUCCCGGUCCGCGAGAUGACGUUUCGUGCUCUGAUGGCGACGCCGCCAGAGGAGAAUACGCUUAUCGUCUUUGGUGAGGCUCCUUAUCCUCGCGUCGAGAGUGCUUCGGGGAUCGCUAUGUUUGACUCACUGAUCCAAGAUUGGGAUUGCGCACAAUUUGGUAAAACCGUCUCUAUGCGCUGCAUUGCCAAGGUCGCAGCAACAGCGAAAGGUAUUGUCUCCGACAAUUCCAAGAUCUCCGACAUGAGGAAAGCUUUCAAAAAGCACAAUAUUGUGUCCCCUCCGGAAUGGUUUCAGGCAAUGCUGUCUCAAGGAGUCCUCUUGCUCAACGCUAGUCUUACGAUGGGGUCUACGCAUUCCAAGGCGCAGCACACAAACUUUUGGAAACCAGUAAUGAAAAAGAUCGUCAGCAAGAUCCUACAAUCCAAACGCGACAAGUUCCCCGCGGGAACUCCAAAGCGGCGCAUCGGUUUCCUUUGGUGGGGCAACGAGAGCCUGAAGACGAAGAAGGCUCUCAAGUCUGUGUUCGAGGAGUUUGAAGAUGAUGUGGAGAUCACUCAUAUCGAACACUACAACCCGGCAGCCCAGGGCGACAAAUUUGCGAAAGGGGACAAUCAUUUUCUGGCCGUCAACAAAGCGCUUACAAAGAACGGCCUCGAGCCGAUUGAUUGGCUCCCAGACAAGGAUUGGCUCAAAAAGCACCACUGCGACGAGCACGCCGAUUUUAUCACUGAAACCCAGGAGCUUCACAAGAUGUAUCUGGAACGGCUUCAGGCCGGCCUCGAUUUGACGGAGCUGGCGCCCAUUUUGGGGAUCAUGGCAUCAGAACUGUGUUCGCUUCCCGAUGCUUGCGACAACAUGGGGCUGCGAUCCGCGGCAGAUUCGGCCGUGAAAAGAGCUGCAAAAUUUGCCGUUGCUGGCCUUGGAGAGGACGAGAAGGGAGCCGUCUAUCUUUACACCACCAACUGUCUCUAUCGUCGCCUCAACGAAGCGUUGAGGAACUCAAACCGCGGGAAGGUUAAGGUGUACUUUGAGUACCUUCGCGUCUUCUUGGAGGCUUACAGCAAGAUGAAACCCAAGCCUCGAUCCCUAUACCGAGGCAUCAGUAGAGAUUUGUCGGGCCAAUACAAGGAGGGGAGCAAGGUCACCUGGUGGCCGGUGAGCUCCUGCACCCCCAACAUCAACGUCGCCAAGGGGUUUGGUGGAGGUUCGCCCGGUGGCACACUUUUCCACGUCAAGGCCGUUUCUGCCGUCCCCAUCCAGCACAUGAGCGCGUAUCCGAACGAGGAAGAGUAUGUGCUGGCCCCUGGGACCGUGUUGAAAGUGGUCAAGAUCGAGAAGAAACCAGGCCAGGCAGCCCAGAUCUACCUCGAAGAACUCGACGGUGAGCGGUCGGUCAGCUGA